AUGGGUGCAACACCUACAAAGAUAACCAAGCAGUGGGCUGAUGGGCCUUUCCAGCUUAUCGAGACUCCGAGGAAGAGGCUGGGCAUCACAGACCCCAAAAAAGCUUCUGGGGCUGUCAAUGCGGCUACAGAAAUGGCCCUAGUCCACAACUUUAUAAUUCGUCCCUUGAAUUGCAUAUAUCUCCAAGCUCCCAACGUCAAGCUCGAGCAAGACAUCGCAGACUUCGUUGCAUUCAUGCAUGCGUGGGCGGUAACGAUCCAUGAGCAUCAUGAGACCGAGGAGAAAUUAUUCUUCCCGUGGCUGGAAGAAGAUAUCGGCAUCGAGAACUACAUGGAGAAGAGCGUCGAACAACACCAUGCCUUUGCGCCUGGUAUGAAGCAGUUGGACGAGUACGUCGCUGCGUUGAAAGCAGGCACGGAGGAUUAUGAUGGCGCCAAAGUUCGCGCUAUCAUUGAUAGCUUCGGGCCAAUCUUGACACAGCAUUUGAGUGAAGAGAUUCAGGCCUUCGAGGAACUCGAAAAGUUUGGAGACAAGAUUGAUUGGAAGAAGUGGAGUAAGAAAGUUUCGGAUUACGCUGUUGCACAUGUUGAUAAGGAAUACGGUAUUCCCCUUGUUGUUACAAACAUGGACUUAACAUUCGAAGGCGCUAUACAUAGCACUGUUUGGCCACCGUGGCCCUGGAUUGCAGGAUUGGUAUUCCGUUGGCUAUAUAUACCAAAGCAGAAAGGCGCUUGGAGAUUCUCUUGCUGCGAUGCACAUAGCAUACCAAAGGAGCUGGACGAACGAAGUAUCAAUACCCUCACAAUCACCGAAGACAUGACCAACUUCCUCGACCUCCCCAGCGAGCUUCGCAACCGGGUAUAUGAGCUGUGCUUAUUGCACCAAGAACCUAUUAGCCCUUCGUCUGAUUACAUUCCAUGGCAGGGGCUCUCACUUGGGCUCCUCCGCGCGAACAAUACCGUCCAUCGCGAAGCCAGCUGGCUGUUCUACGCCCAAAAUCGCUUUGAUUUUACCAUGGCCACCCCUGAGGACGUAGCCUCGUUCCUCGAGACAAUCGGACGUAAUAACGCAGACUGUAUCCGACAUGUCUAUAUCAACUUUCCGAACCUCCGCGAUCUAGAACCAGGUAACGUCACCCUCGUGGAGGGCAGCAUCGGCAUUCUCGCGAACAUCCAGAGCGGCUGCGCCAAUUUGAGCACGCUCACGACGUGCUUAUAUAGCACAAAUGCCAUGUUGCUUAAGCUCGACGCACUAGACUACCCGAAGAUUAUUACUGAGGCGUUAAAGCUAGUCAACACUCGCUUCAGAGCCAUUUUGUCCCUACAAGAGAUUAUUGUCGAGGUGGAUGAGGACGGCCCGAGCGACUAUAUAAAAAGGAAAAUGGAGAAUCACGGAUGGACAGUCAGUGAAAUAGAGUAUAUCGAAGAGUGGGGCAGCGGCAGGUCUUUCAGUGGCAUGGAAGAUAAUUGGGAUUAUGAUUAUGGCUCCGAUGAUGAUGAUGAUGAUUAUGACAUUGACUAUGAUAGUGACUUUUGGAGAAGAGCGGGGGACUGA